UUGUGUACAAAAUGGGCUGAAAUAGACUUGGCCGAAUAAUUACAUAAUGGAAAGUGGAAAUGCAGAGGCAUUAAUAAGGAAUAAUGUUAUAAUCGGUCAGGAAAAAUUGGGGAAUCACAGAUGGAAUUACCCGUAUGGAUCCUGUAAUAAUUUCAUUCACCAUGGGAACUAGAGUUUAUAUAGGACGUCUCAGUUAUGAUAUCCGAGAAAGAGAUUUAGAGAAGUUUUUCAAAGGUUAUGGACGAAUAAGAGAAAUACUUAUCAAAAAUGGAUUUGGUUUUGUGGAAUUUGAUGAUUAUAGAGAUGCUGAUGAUGCAGUUUAUGAACUUAAUGGAAAAGACUUGUUAGGAGAACGAGUCACUGUGGAACAUGCACGUGGUCCACCUCGUGGAAAUGAUCUUUGGGGUAACAGAAAUAGAGGAAGACGAGGUCCUCCACAAAGAAGGCGCACUGGAAGGGAUAGUCGAUAUGGACCACCUACAAGAACAGAUUAUCGUCUAAUAGUAGAAAACCUUAGUAGCAGAGUGAGCUGGCAAGAUCUGAAAGAUUUCAUGAGACAAGCUGGUGAAGUGACCUAUGCAGAUGCUCAUAAAGAGUAUCGAAAUAAAGGUGUUGUUGAAUUUGCAUCACUCUCUGAUUUGAAAACAGCCUUAGAAAAGCUUGAUAAUACAGAAUUGAAUGGAAGAAGGAUUAGACUUAAAGAAGACCGAUAUGGUGGUGGUGGAAGCAGUAGUAGUAGCAGAAGGAGAUCAAGAUCCAGGUCAAGAUCAAGAUCUGCAUCUGCUUCUAGAAGCCGAAGCAAAUCAUCAUCUCGCAGUCGAAGCCAAAGCAAGUCUAGAUCGCGCUCUGUUUCCAGAUCACAGUCUAGAUCCAGAUCUCAUUCGAAAUCAAAAUCUGCAUCAAGAUCUAGAUCCCGAUCUCAUUCACAAUCUCGUUCACGUAGUCAAAGCAAAUCGCCGAGACGUUCGAGAUCCAAAAGUCCGUCGCCCGAUCGUGCAAGAUCAAAAACACCCGAACAACCAGCAGAAGAGAGUCCAGAAAGAGAGUAAUUCUUUGAUGUAACUGUGCUAGUUUCAGAUAAAAAUUUAGUAGUUUAAUUCUUAUUUAGAAAAGAAAGUCUGCCAAUGUCUCCUAUUGAUAUGUAUUCGACCAAAUAAACCUGUUCAUUUUAUUUUAUGGAAUAUUUCGUUGCUACUCGCAUAGAUGAAACGUUGAACUGAAAACAGAAGUAUAAUUUUACUUCAUUCAGAAUUACAAUAAUUAUAGACAUACCUCAGUCAGUGUGCAUUUUUUUUAUGAUUUUCACAAAACUUGAAAAACUGGAGGCACUUCAUUUUGUAAAUAGAUUUCAAGUAUAUAAAUGUGUUUACAUAUUAUGUAUAUAUGUGUAUAUAUAUUUGUGAGUGAGUUUUUUAUAAACAGGCAUAAAUAUACAUAUACAUAUAUAUAAUGUAUAUUACACAGCAUAUAUAUUUAUAUAUAUAUGCGCUAUAUAUGUAUACUUAUAUAUAUAUAGCAUGUGAAGUGUGUUUAAUAUUUCCAAAUGUAAUAAUUUUGACAUUAAAUAAACUGGUGGAAGGAA